AUACUUUUUCUAACGUGUUUACAUACACCGUCAUAUAUUUUUAUAAACAAUAAAAAUUCCAUAAAGUAAAAAGUAAAAUUUUUAAAUUUUAAAAAUCCGCAAAUUCGCGGGCUUUUUAAAAAUAAAUUUUUUUUACAUAAAAUUGAGUAACGUAAUUAAAAUGGCUUGUAAUAAUUUACUUAACCUCUCUACCUCGACAAAAUGCUGUAAUUUUUUACUUGCAAGGCACUACAGCGUAACCAAAAUACAAAAACUCGAGGAAAAAUUGGACAUACCGCCCCGACCUAAACGACCUCUGAACACAUUCCUGAGGUUCUCAAUGCUGAAUAGGGAGGAAAUAAAAAAAGAAUACCCGGGAUCUAGUGCCAGCGCGAUAACGAAACUACUGGGAGCUAAAUGGAAUCUUUGUGAUAAAAGUCUCAAAGAUCAAUUGCAGACUGAGUAUAAGGAGGAGAUGAACGACUACUCGAGGAAGCUUAUGUUUUACGAGAAGUCGCUCACUAAAGAGCAGAAGCAGAUAUUGAAAGACCUCAACAGAAAGCCGAAGAUGCUAAAAAAGAAGUCGGAAAUACGAAUGAGGUUAGAAGAGCUGGGGAAGCCGAAGAAACCACCGACGGCCUUUAUAUUAUACAUGCUGUCAAAAAUGAAAGAUAAGGAUCCGAGUGCUAAGUUUUCGGAGUGGCUAGGGGAAAUCGCCAAAGAAUGGGCAUCAUUGUCACCAGAUAAACGUGAGAAAUAUGAUAUAGAGAGUAAGAAAUUGAUGGCGCAGUACAAGAAUGAGAUGACACAGUGGGAAGAAAAAAUGAUCAAAAUGGGACAAAUUGACGUCGUGAGACGCCACGUACUUCUUGAAUUAAAAGAGAAACGUGUUAAUGAAGAAAAGUUAUCCAGUCAAUAAAGUCAUUAAUUUAAAAAAAUUUUUCUUCCAUUUUAUAAAGAAAAUUUUAAAAAUUUUUCUCCCAUUUUUACAUUUUAGUUUUGAAAAUAAUUAUUACGAUUUAUUAGAGUUAAAAUUAUGUGAGUUUAAUUAGGCUAAGAAUAAUAAAAUAUG